AUGGCUGACGAUAGUCUGCCGCAGGGUGAGGUAGUCGGCAUCAUUAUCGGUGCUGUUGCCCUGUUUUCCCUGAUCAGCUUCAUUCCUAUGGCCCUCAUGUGGUAUCACCGUCGACGUGAUACCUCCCGCCGCGCUAGUGAAACCGCUGUCCUCACAUCAUCAAUGCAGCAAGUUUCUGUGCAACAAUGGCUCGAGGAACAUAAUUCCCCGGGCGAUCCAGCCAACUAUAGUCAAGACAUGUGUCUGUCCCAAAUCGCACUUCUCUUGGCCGCGAGGGGUAAUGAUAUAGUGUGGGGAACGCCCAGGCUAGGCAAAGCUCCCAUCUGCCUCUCAUCUCUAUCAUCAUCCGCUUAUCUCUCUUCCCCUGAGUCUGUUCAUCUACCCCACAAUUCACGCCAUCAGUCUCCAGUUCCACCAGAUGAGACGCUCAUACCCGACUCAGGGAAUGAAAACCGUAUUAUCGUUUUGAGUCACUGUCAUCACGCCUUCCACUCAACCUGUCUUACAUCCUGGUUUGAAUACCGGCAUUAUAAAUGUCCCAUCUGCCAAGCUUCAUACUCGCCCUCGGACUCGGUAUAA